AUGGAGGCGGCGGCGCUGGCGCGGGAGGGCGGCGGCCCGGCCCCCCCGCCCCACGAGCCCAUCAGCUUCGGCAUCGACCAGAUCCUCAGCGGCCCCGAGCCCCCGGGCGGCGGCGCGGGGCCGGCCCGGGCGGCGGGAGAGCCCGACUACGGGCUGUACGGCGGCGGCUACGGCCCCGCCUGCUCGCUCGGCUCCUACAACCUCAACAUGAGCAUGAACGUGAGCGUGAACGUGACCCCCGCGCCCGCCGCGCCGCCCGCCGGGGUCAUCCGCGUCCCGGCGCACCGGCCCGCGCCCGCCGCGCCGCCCGCCGCGCCGCCGCCGGUGCCCGGGCUCUCGGGGCUCACCUUCCCCUGGAUGGAGACGACGCGGCGCAUCGCCAAGGACCGGCUCUCAGCCGCGCUGUCGCCCUUCGCGGCGACCCGGCGCAUCGGGCACCCCUACCAGAACCGCACGCCGCCCAAGCGGAAGAAGCCGCGCACCUCCUUCAGCCGAGUGCAGAUCUGUGAGCUGGAGAAGCGCUUCCACCGCCAGAAGUACCUGGCCUCAGCCGAGCGUGCCACUCUAGCCAAGGCCCUCAAGAUGACGGACGCCCAGGUCAAAACCUGGUUCCAGAACCGCCGCACCAAGUGGAGGAGGCAGACGGCGGAGGAGCGUGAGGCGGAGCGCCAGCAGGCCAACCGCUUGAUGCUGCACCUGCAGCAGGAGGCCUUCCAGAAGAGCCUGAGCCAGCCGCUGCCCCAGGACCCGCUCUGCAUGCACAACUCCUCCCUGUACGCCCUGCAGAACCUGCAGCCCUGGGCCGAGGACAAUAAGGUGACGUCCGUCUCGGGGGUGGCCUCCGUGGUGUGAGGUCCCUGUGUGGCAGAGGGGGACCACCUGCGCACCUUGGGGACCUUGAACUUGUCAGGAGGAGGCUGUGGGCAGCAGGAGCCUGGCAGGGUGCAAGCCAGCACCUCUGUCUUGUGGCAGGGAGGGGGCUGCUGCUUCCCGGGCACUCCCCUGAGCGGCAGCCCCCUCCCCAUGCCCACCCCCCCCCCGGGUACUGGCCCUCUCCGGGCCCCACCGCUGCCCCAGGUGAGCGGCGGCCCCGGGCAGGUGGACUCCAAAGCCCCGAUGACCCCUGCCUGGAGCACCACGACCCAUGGGCAGCCCUGCCCCCACAGCCUCCGGGGGAUCCUGUGCACUGGGCCCCUCUCCCCACGUGCCUCUGCCGGCCCUGGACUUUCUGCAGGGGCUGCCCGCUCCCCCCAGCUCCCCAGGGCCUGGUGCCCCCCAUCAGCAGCUCUCCCGGCCGGGCUGCCCCCGCUGCUCCACCACCAUCCUGCCUGGGGAGGGCAGAGCCCAGGGUGCGGGUGGCCUCCCCCAGACUUGCACAUUCCCAGUGCUGGAAACUUGCCGCUGCCCUUGCGAGCAGGUGCUGGGGUGGAUGGCGUCCUCACAAGCACCUGCCUUACCCGAGUCGGAGUUCGUCAGCUGGGGGUCCCAGGGCUGGCGAAGAGCCCCAGCCCCUCUGUCCUCUGAGCAGCCCGCCAGACGGAGCUUCUCUGACGCAGGGCAGGACCUCCCGGUGCUGCUGCCCCCACCGCCUCCUGCAGUGCUGGUCCUGGACAAUGGACACAGGGUUCCUGUACGAGCAGGCAGCAGCAGCCCCUCCAGAGGCUGCCCCCUCCAGCCUCUGCUCCCUGGGGGCACUUUGCCUCCUCCCCACGCUGCCUGGUCCUGGUGUGGGACUGAACCUUUGGUCUGGUGAGACCCAGUGCGUGCAGGCAGUGGUGUCCGCUGGGGUCUCUGCUGCAGAACCCCUGGUCCAGCGAACUUCUGGCCCACAACUCGUCCCCUCCUGAGGCAGAGCCAGCACCAGGGCACAGACCUGCCAGACCUCAACCCCAUCCCCAGCUCUGCGUUAGGGGGCCGCAGAGGCUGAGCCCCUCAGCCCUGCUCCAGCUCCAGCCCUGACCGGGAUGGAGCGCAGCUCAGGCAACGUGGUGCCGGGACACGGGGACCCCCCCUCCCGGGCCAGCUCCAGAUGGGGUCCCCGGCUGCUGACGGGUCGUGAGGACCUGCCCCUGCCCCUGCCCCUGCCCUUGACCUUGACCCCAACCCCGGCCCUACGCCCGCCCUGCCGCUGUCCAUGGUGCUGCCCGGGACCCGAUGGGGCGCACGGGGACACCCUCCGGGACCAGGGGUGCCGGCAGGGCGCGGCGGGGGGCGGGACGUCAGCGUCCUGCCGGUGCCGGCAGCGCUGCCGGGGGGAGGCGGGCAGCCGGUGCCGGUUUCCCGGGGGCGGGAUCGGCUGCGGCUCCGUGACGCGGCCCCGUUGUACCGGGAGGCGGGGGCGGGAGCCGCUGCGGCGCCGCCGCAGAGCCUCCGGGAUGAGCGCGGCCGGCCCCGGCGGGGGGGA